AUGGAUGUUCUGGAAGAGAAAAUUAAGGAAACUGAACGUUUCCGUGACUGUUACUAUCAACAGUUUCCGAAAUCCACAUUAGAAGAGAAAAAGCAAGCCGUUCGUGAAAAGGUUUUGCCAUUAAUUCAGGAUAUUCCGUUAGAUAUGAAUGCACAUUCAUCAACAUCAGCACGAUAUAAUUACAUUUGUGGACGAAUUUUAAACAUCUGUGUGGAUUAUGACGCAAAUUGUGAAAGAUAUUUAUCACGUGCCGUAAAAUUGGAUCCUUCACUGAGUGAUGCAUGGUAUGAACUUGGUGAAUGUGUCAGAAAGAAGGAAGAUUUUACAACAGCAAUGGAUUGUUUUCGUAAAUCAUCAGCUUUGAAUCGUACUGGAAAAUGUCUUGCCUCACUUGCAAUAGUACUUCGACAAAUUGCUUUGUGUACAGCGGAAACAGAAAUUCAACAUUCGUUGCAAGACGAAGCUGCUAAAUUGUCUGAUGAAGCCGUUAAGCUUGAUCCUGAUUCUGAUAAAGCAUGGCACACACUAGGAAAUUCAUGUUUGAUGCAAUUUUUUCUCAAGUACCAAACAAAUAUGGAACUUAUGGAGAAAGCCCAAGAAGCUUACGAAAGAGCGCUACAACUUGGUGACGUGCGUUAUAGCCCUGAUUUGCAUCUUAAUUACUCAACUGCUCUUAAAUUUAUUCAGAAUUAUGGAGAGUGUUUGAAACAUUUAAAAAUAGCAAAUGUUUACGAUCCGGGAUUUCUGGAAACAAAAGGACGGUUGGAAACACUGCUGUCGUUCUUGAAACAAAUUAACAGUCAAGUGCAGAGAAAAGGUAGAUUAUCUGCAAAAAAAAUGAAACACUUUAGAUCUUCGAUAUCUAAUGAAGAUUUUGGAGUAUAUUGCAAGAAGGCAUUCAAGAAAAGAAGUGGUAAAAUCGAAAUCCUUAGAACAGUUUUAUUUAAAGAACUGAAGGAAGGAAUUAACGAUGAUGUUGUAAUUUGUGGCAAAGUUGUUGCAAUUAUCCUUAAUACAGAAGUUAUCCCAUACACAUUUGUUGGUUGUGAUAAAGAAGGAUCUUGCUGUGCUUUUUGCAUUUAUAAUGCAUCAAAUAAAUUUGGACUCGUUAUUGGUGAUUCGGUAGCUGUACCUGAACCCCACAUUAUCGAUGUUAAGAUUUCAUCUGAAGAAAGCGGUUGCGAAAAUUUUGAUUUUCGGAUUGUUCGUAUAUCUAAUCCGUUAAAGAUGCUUAGAAAUGGUAAAUUAGUAAGGAUGGAUUGUAUGGCGUUUUGUGAAUUGGCUGCUGAUUUUAUUCAUUAG